AUGAGAAAAAAGUUCUUACCUACGUUAGGUCUUGUAUGCGAUACAUAUUGGAUAUCUGAUCGAUCAGCUGCUGCGGUUGCUAGUGGAGUAUUAAAAGAUGUAGGAAUAAUUACCACAGAAGAAUAUCCGUCGAAAAUACUUGACAAAAAUAAAGUAAACAGGGAACGAAAGAAAUUUAGAAAUACCGCAAGGAAGGAGUUUAAAAGUGAUAACAGAAGAAUAAGAAGUCUGAAAGAAAAGAAAAACGGUAGAUUAUACGAGAAAACUGUCGAAGAAAACAUAUCGCUUAUCAAUGAACCUAAAUCUCUCUAA